GUAUGUGCCUAUAGUUAUAUUUAAUUUGAUCUCUCGGCUGGAUGGCACAAACACGCUAUUGCCGCUAUUCAUUCAUUCGUUGAGUGUUCAAGAGGUGCGGUCUGUGUUUGUGUUGUUUGGAAUAUUAUUUGACUAAAAUCUCACCAUGCCUGCCAUAGAGUUGUACGAGAUGCAGGGCUCGGCCCCGUGCCGCGCCGUGCGGCUGACUGCUCGCGCGCUGGGGAAGCCACUCACGGUCCACCACCUCGACCUGAUGGCUGGAGAGCAUCUGAAGCCGGAGUUCGUGAAGAUCAACCCUCAGCACACGAUCCCGACAAUAGUGGACGACGGGUUCGCUCUCUGGGAGUCUCGCACCAUCAUGCGCUACCUCGUCAACAAGUAUUCUAAGGGUUCCUCCCUGUACCCUGAAGAGCCUAAAGCCAGGGCUCUGGUCGACCAGAGACUGGACUUCGAUUUGGGCACCCUGUACGCCAAAUACGCUGUAUACUUUUACCCCCAAGUAUUCGGCACUGCCCCUGAAAACGCAGAAGAUCUGAAGAAGUUGAACGAGGCUCUGGCCCACCUGAACACUUUCCUGGGAGAGUCCAAGUACGCGGCUGGACCCAACCUCACCAUCGCUGACUUUUCCCUCGUAGCCACCAUCUCUACCAUUGAUGUCAGCGAUAUUGUUGACUUGAAGCAGUAUCCCAACAUUGUCAAAUGGUACGAGCACCUCCAGAGCUCGGUGGAGGGCUACGAGGAGGAGAACCUGGCUGGACUGGAGAACUUCCGCUCAUUCAUCAAGGAGUUCAAAGCGAAGAAGGCCGCAGCCAAGUAGACUGCAGAUACGGCACAAUAAUUUAAGUAACUCUAACGGAGAGACCUCUUUGGUGCGAUGGUCUACGUUUAAUCGCGAUGUCCCAAAGGAACCCGGUUAUAAAAAAAAUAUGGCUACGCGCCAAAGGGGCCUCGCCCUAAAGGUGUCGUAUGCGUUAGUAUGGUCAGCUUCAUUAGUAGCAAUAUACAAACUGAAUGUUUGAAUGAAUAGGUUAGUUUGACAAGGUACAGAAGUGUAAGUACUUAUAUAGCUACUAAUGAACCUGACUGUACGUGGUUAUAGUGUACCUGCUUAGUAUUUUAUUUACGAUUCUGUAUGUAACAACGUUACCCCAAUGCAAUGGUAUUUGCAAUAAUUAUAAUGCAUUUAAUAGGCAUUUUUGAAAAAUAAUAAUGUACUAUUACUACUCAUACCUCUCUAUGCAGUAUUUUUUUAAAGUAAUUAUGUAAUUGCA